CGGAAGUCGCUUCCCCCUCAGCGGCGCUGCGGUGGCUAACGGAUCUGGGGAUGGGGGGGCGGUGGCUCAGCACCGCGGUGUCCGACGGGAUGCCGGCUGGUAAGGGGUGUGGCUGACGUCAGAUGCCAAGAUGGCGGCGGCGGUCGGGGUCUCCUUGAGGUGCGGCUUCCCGGCCGCGGCUGUCGGCGGAGUCGGCCUGCAGGCCUACCGAGGGGCACAGACAGCUGCUGCUGCAGCUCCCCGAAUCAAAAAAUUUGCUAUCUACAGAUGGAACCCAGACAAAGCUGGAGAUAAACCUCGAAUGCAGACUUACGAAAUUGAUCUGAAUAAGUGUGGUCCUAUGGUAUUGGAUGCUUUAAUCAAGAUUAAGAAUGAAAUGGAUUCCACUCUGACCUUCCGAAGAUCAUGUAGAGAAGGGAUCUGUGGCUCUUGCGCCAUGAAUAUCAACGGAGGCAACACCCUGGCGUGCACUCGGAAGAUUGACUCGGACCUCAACAAAGUCUCAAAAAUCUACCCUCUUCCGCAUAUGUAUGUGAUCAAGGAUCUAGUUCCUGAUUUGAACAACUUCUAUGCACAGUACAAGUCCAUCGAGCCCUAUUUGAAGAAGAAGGAUGAGUCCCAGGAAGGCAAGCAGCAGUACCUGCAGUCCAUCGCAGACCGGGAAAAGCUGGAUGGACUGUAUGAGUGUAUCCUGUGUGCCUGCUGCAGCACCAGCUGCCCCAGCUACUGGUGGAACGGAGACAAGUACCUCGGGCCUGCAGUUCUCAUGCAGGCCUACCGCUGGAUAAUCGACUCCAGAGAUGACUUCACAGAGGAACGCCUGGCCAAGAUGCAGGACCCCUUCUCUGUCUACCGUUGCCACACCAUCAUGAACUGCACAUUGACCUGCCCCAAGGGUCUGAAUCCAGGAAAAGCUAUCGCAGAAAUCAAGAAGAUGAUGGCAAUCUACAAGGAGAAGAGAGCAUCUGGUUAGCCCUCCUCAUGCUGAACUUAGCCGUUCAGCUCUGACUUGAACCCUGCAAACUCCUGGACUCUCCAUGAAACAGCAUGUAUGAGAACAUUUCAGAAAUCAAUAAAUGCUAUUCUACCUUGUUAACAAAAGCA